AUGGAACCACGAAAUAAUUCAGAAGUUUCAGAAUUUCUUCUCCUGGGAUUUUCAGAGGCAUCUGAACUGCAGCCCCUCAUAUUUGGGUUUUUCCUCUCCAUGUACCUGACCACUGUUUUUGGAAACCUGAUCAUCAUCCUGGCCACCAUCUCAGACUCCCACCUCUAUACACCCAUGUAUUUCUUCCUCUCCAACCUGUCCUUUGUAGACAUCUCUUUCACCUCCACCACUAUCCCAAAGAUGUUGUGGAACAUACAAACACAGAGCAAAUUUAUCACCUUUGAAGGAUGCAUCGUACAAAUGUAUUUUUACAUACUCUUCAUAGGAUUAGAUGACUUUCUCCUGGCUGUGAUGGCCUAUGACCGGUAUGUGGCCAUAUGUCACCCACUGCACUACACAGUCAUCAUGAACCCCAGGCUCUGUAGGCUGCUAGUUGUGAUAUCCUGGAUCAUAAGCGCUAUUUAUUCCUUGUUACAUAACUUAAUGGCGUUGCGAUUGUCCUUCUGUGCAGACUUCAAAAUCCCCCAUUUUUUCUGUGAACUCAACCAGGUCUUACAACUUGCCUGUUCUGACACCUUUGUUAAUUAUAUGGUCUUGUAUUUUGCAGCUGCCCUGCUGGGUGGUGGUCCGUUUGCUGGUAUCCUUUACUCUUACUCUAAAAUAGUUUCCUCCAUAUGUGGAAUCACAUCAGCUCAGGGGAAGUAUAAAGCAUUUUCUACCUGUGCAUCUCACCUCUCAGUGGUAUCCUUAUUUUAUUGUUCGGUUCUAGGUGUGUACAUUAGCCCUGCUGCUCCCCACAGCUCAACAUCAAGUGCAGCAGCCUCUGUGAUGUACAGUGUUGUCAUACCCAUGCUGAACCCCUUUAUCUACAGUCUAAGAAAUAAAGACAUAAAGGGGGCUCUGAAGAGAUUCUAUAGGAUGGUAGGUAUAAAAAGACAAAUUAUCCUGGGGGUGAUGGAGUUCCCUUGA